AUGUCCAUCAAGCAUUCUCCGGUGAAAAAGGUCAACCGACCAUCACUGGAAACAUCACUCCAAGAUGAAGACUCGUUCGCAGGAUUUUCUACCCAGGAAAUCGGAUCUAACACCAAGGCAAAGAAAGGUUAUCUUUCGCUUCUUCGUCAGCGUGAGCAGGUGAACCAAAAAUUGGUCCGUGUGCAGUAUUCCCUAUUGGCUGCACAGGGCCAAGUUAGUUUAGCCCAGUUAAAGACAUACAUGAAGAACAUCGACGCAGCCUACUCCGAAUUCAGCGACUUCCAUAGCAGAGUAAUGGCGUCGAUUGACGAGGAGUAUGUUCCAGCUCAGGAAGAAAUCUAUACCAACUUCGAAGAACGUUUCAACGAGGUUUCGACGACCAUCGAAGAAAUGAUGAUGGCCUACUCUACUGAUCGUACCACUCAGGGUGUUGUACAACAAAGAGUCCCACUUCCACCACAGAUAAUCGUCCAGCAACAAGCGCUGCGAGCCCCCUUGCCAACGUUCGACGGCCAGUAUCGAAAUUGGCCCAAGUUUAAGGCGAUGUUUCUGGACCUGAUGGACGCUUCUCGUGACUCCGACGCAGUGAAGCUGUACCAUCUGGAGAAGUGCUUGAUCGGUGAUGCGAAGAAUGUAAUAGACGCUGCUACCAUCCGAGACGGCAACUACGAACAUGCGUGGCGUCAAAGAGAGAUACGACAACAAGCGGCUGAUCGUUGA